AUGGCUCUGCUGAAAUCGGGCUGGCUCUGGCGGCAAUCGACCGUCCUCAGGCGCUGGAAGCUGAACUGGUGCGACCUGUGGAUAGACGGAAGUCUGCUGUUUUAUAAGACGGACUCGAGGAAGGACUACGAGACUAGAGUGAGGCUGAAGAGUGCAUGUGUGAAUGUGAAGUCCGGCCUGGAGUGUGCAGGUGUGUCUCCGCCGGAGAGCCAGCCAAGGGAGAAUCUGUUGGUGUUGUACCUGAACGACGGCUCCUGUGUGUCCCUGUGUGCUAACAGUGAGGAUGAGGCCCUGGCUUGGAAGCUGACAAUCAUGGAAGCAAAGCAAAGUCCUUUCUAUAGUUAUGAUCCCUAUAACGAUACGUACCAGUGUGUUCCUGUUAACGGACACAACGCUGUGUACGUCACGCCAGGCAACGGCAACGGAGGUACUCACCAUGUCUGGGUGCACAGAGAGCGCUGUGAUGACUGGACCGGAGAGCAGAUAGCACUGAGUUUGCUGGCUGGUAUAGCAGCGGGCACCGUGCUGCGCUCGUUCCUCUGGAUGCCACUGUUGUACUGCUGAUACACUCAGCUAUUUCGAGGCGGUCUCCGCCUUA